UUUUGUAAGAGUAAUAACUAAAUUGCACCAUAAACGCCGGCUUCUACAGCCGGGCAGAUGAAGGGUUCUAUAUGAGGUCAGGGAUCAAGCGGGACAUGCGAUUGGUGAACCAAUCUUACGAAUGGGUGGAGAGACUCAUCGUAUUCCGGCCGGAGCUCUGGACCUGGCAAAUGGCGGUGAGAGACGGGUUGCUGGAAGCCGGAAUCGAUCCCUACAAUGGCUUCAGCUUAGAACACGUUCUUGGCACCAAGAGUGGUGGGUCCACCUUCGACCCCACCUGACGCAGACACAUUUCAGCCGAUCUUCUAUUGUACGCCAAUCCUUCCAACAUGCGGGUGGCCGUCCACGCCACCGCAGAGAGGAUUCUGCUCAGAACACGCACGGCAGCCGGAGUUGUUUUCCGGGACCUGAACGGCAGGUAUCAUCACACCAUGGUUAGGGGUAAAGGCGAAAUCUUGCUCUCCGCCGGAGUUCUGGGUACCCCUCAGAUCCUUCUACUCAGUGGAAUCGGCCGUAGACCAUAUCUAUCUUCUUUGGGCAUUCCGGUCUCCUUCCACUCACCUUACGUAGGGCAGUGUCUAUUUGACAAUCCAAGAAAUGGAAUCUCUAUUGUCCCUCCGUUACCCCUAGCCCCUAGGGCACUCUCUGGUUCAGGUUGUGGGAAUGACAGAGUUAGGUGCUUACCUAGAAGCUGUUUUUAACGUCAUCCCUCUAUCUUCCCCUACCCCACACCCCUUCUUCACCGAAACUCCAUAUGCUCCUCCGGUUUACUACCGGACAGUGGCAACAAUCUUGGAGAAGAUUAUAGGGCCGGCAUCUACCGGGUCACUGAGAUUGGCCUCAACUGAUGUUAGGAUGAACCCUUUGGUCAGUUUUAAUCACUUCAAUGACAGGGGUGACCUACUGACCUUGAGAGCCGAGAGGUGCAUGAAUGGGAGCAGGAUGAUAGGGGAGAUUUUGAGGACUAGUUCAAUGGUGGCUUUCACGUUCACCCAAUGGUUCUGCGGUACGGAUUUCAUGUACGUGGGGCCCGCUUUGCCCGAAGACCAGUCAAGUGAUGUUCUGAUGGAGGAGUUUUGCCGGCAGACUGUUAGUACCAUAUGGCAUUACCAUGGUGGGUGUGUUGUGGGGAAGGUUGUUGAUGGAGAUAUCAGGCCCGUUGGGAUUGAGCCUCUCUGGGUCGUCGACGGGUCAAUAUUUACUGUUUCACCCCCAGGACUAAUCCGCAAGCUACCCUUCUCAUGCUUGGGAAGUAUGUGGGUAUGAAGAUGCUAAGAGAAAGGUUUAAUAGAAAGUGACCAGAUCAUUUUUGUGACUGUCAGAUUUGGUAGUGUUAUUUUUGUGGCUUAUGAAAGUGGGCACUUCAGUAGAGAAGUUAAGGCAUGAAGAAAAGAGGGUGGUUGCCUGGGUGGUGUUUUGUUUGUUGAUACAUUGAUUAGAAGAGGAACCAGUUUGCAGGGUCUUCAUUGUGUACAUAACCUGAGAGUUUCACUCCUUUCAAUGCGCAUUCCUGAUGUGUAUUUUAUGAAGUUUGUGCUUGCUAGUAAACUACUCAUCCCUGUAUAAUUGUCUGUCAAAGAGAGGGAAUUGACUAUAGUGACACCUAUUCGUCAGUUGCAAAACUCAAGUCCAUUCGAAUUUUGCUUGUGAUAGUAGCAUACUAUGAUUAUGAGAUUUGGCAAAUGGAUGUUAAAACUGCUUUCCUUAAUGGAAACCUCAAGGAGGAGGUGUACAUGGUACAACCUGAAGGUUUUAUAUCCAAGUCAAAUCCCAAAUCAGUAUGUAAAUUGGAGAAAUCCAUAUAUGGGCUAAAGCAAGUCUCAAGGAGUUGGAAUAUCCGUUUAGAUGAAGCGGUCAAAUCGUUUGGCUUCAUCAGAAGCAAUGAGGAUGCGUGUGUGUAUACAAAACGCAACAAGGAUAGCGUGGUCUUUAUGGUCAUAUAUGUUGAUGACAUUCUGAUCAUAGGGAAUGAUAUCCCCUUAUUGAAGUUCGUGAAAGAAUGGUUAUCCAAUAUCUUCAUGAUGAAAGAUCUAGGUGAAACCUAUUAUAUCCUUGGGAUUAAGAUCUAUAGAGACAGAGUUAACAGGAUGUUGGGUCUUUCACAAUCCACGUAUAUUGACAAAAUAUUACAUCGAUUUAAAAUGGAAGAAUCUAAGAAAGGAUUCCUCCCGAUGGGUCAUGGAUAUCGUUAUCAAAGAAGGAUAGUCCUUCAACUGAUGAUGAGAUCAAACACAUGAGAGGGAUUCCAUAUGCUUCUGCAAUUGGUUCAAUCAUGUAUGCUAUGAUCUGUACUAGGCCAGAUGUGGCUUAUGCGCUUAGUAUUGUUGGUCGAUAUCAAAAUAAUCCAGGAGAACGACAUUGGAGUGCUGUUAAGACUAUUCUUAAGUAUCUUAGAUGAACUAAAGAAUAUUUCUUGGUUUAUAGUGGACAAGAGAAACUAAUAGCAUCUGGUUACUCUGACGCUAGCUUCAUGACAGAUAAGGAUGACUAUAAGUCACAAUCAGGAUAUGUUUUUAAUCUCAAUGGAGCAGUAGUAGACUGGAAGAGUUUCCAAGUAAGACACUACAGCUGAUUCGACAACAGAAACCGAGUACAUUGCUGCAUCAGAAGCAGCAAAAGUGGCCGUAUGGAUACGUGAAUUCCUCAAAGAAUUAGGGGUUGUUCCAAAUAACAGUCGUCCAAUAACCAUUUAUUGUGACAAUACUGGUGCUGUUGCACAAGCAAAGGAACCAAGAUGCGACAAGAGGAAUGGACAUGUGCUGAGGCGUUAUCAUGUGAUUCGAGAGCAGAUAGCAAGAGGAGAGGUUGCAAUAGAACGUGUUUCCACUGAGGACAAUUUGGCUGAUCCCUUCACAAAACCUUUGAGCUGCGAGAAAUAUACUAGACAUUUUGAGAAUCUAGGUGUUAGACGCAUGGUGAUUGACACUAGGCCAAGUGGGAGAUUGUUAGUAUAUAUGUCCUAGCGACAAUCAUUUUUUUAAAAGACAUAUGUACUUGAUCACAUUUAGUUUUUAUAUUUGAUAUAUACACGGUAUUACACUUUA